CAGUGGUCCAGCAACUGGGUCGCUCCGAACCGCACCACUUGCAUCUAUAGAUGUUAGGGAUGAUGCGAUGAGUUUUCGUUGGGCGCCAUGAUUUUCUUCGCACAAUCUGUGCUUUUCCGUUUCCAAUUUUGCUUUAAACUUUAGCACAUGGCUCAAGUAUAUCAUAUCGAUUGCACUUUUGCUAUGAUUAAGUAUGCUGUUUGACACGGCAGAGAGAUCGCGCCUGUGCGUCUUCAUCUAGUCAUUUUAUACCCCUUAGAAAUAUAGCACCAGCAGGAAUUCCAUUUUCCUUCUGUUUUGUUGUUUGUCAGAUAACAUACCAUCUGUCUAUAUUUCAUAGUAUGCACCCCCUUGCUGCUGGUUUCUGAAGGUGCAAUAUUUCCUUAGGUGACUUCGGCUGGUCAAAACAGUUUCUUGGAGGCCACAACGUUGGUUGGACAUGGACGAUGCUGACUUUGGCGACAUCACCGAUGUCCCAGCAGAAGCGCAAGCCGCUCCAAAGUUUCGUCCGAAUGUGCGGGCAAAGCCCCGAAAGCCAUCCAUGCCAUCAAGACCUGUUGUACCCAAUCGUUCUGUGGAAACAUCCAGUGAGAAGGUUGGAGCUCUAAGCCAAGAUAAUUUGUCUCAAGGACUUUCUGCCAAUCAGGAAAUUGCAUCUUCAACCCUCCUUGUUUCUGCUGUAGAUACGAUGUCUCAUAAUGAAGAUCACAACGAAGGUGAAGACCAGAACAAUGAUCUGUGCCAAAAAUCUACAGAUCAGGAAGCCACUACUGGUCCAGACACUUGGCCGCCACAUGAUAUCAAUGGUACUGUUGAUUUAGACUCUCAAGAUGGGCUCAUAAAUUCUCAUACUGAUGACACCCAACCAAUCUUUGGAGAAUCUUCAGCUGAAGCCACUGCUAAAUUUCUACCUAAUGUUCGAAGGAAAAAGGGCAAACGCAAAUCAGUAACAUUUGUUGUGCCGGAUGAUUCCGAGGUGGUCGCUCCAAGAUAUACCAAUUCUGAGGACCAUAAUGACAUAAGGGCUGAUGAAAAUUUGAACACCUUGCCUCAGCAAACAGCUCAAAAGCAUUGUCUUACUGAAGAGCUUUCAGAUGAUGGGGAAUAUACUGACAAGGAGAGUCAGUACCGUGAGGGAGCACUGUCAGAUCAUGGUGUUAAAGAACAACCAAAAUUGAGUGCUGAAAAACUAGAUUUAUCUAUGAAACUAAGAAACAGGAGAAAGGAAGUUGGGGUAUCUGAACAUAUUACUGAUGAUAAUUUUGAUGAAGACUAUGCUGAACCUUCAGCAGCCGAACAAGAUAAUGAUAGUGGUGAUGAGUACACUGCUGGAGAAAAGCAGAAGCCACAGAGGAAGUCGAGGGAGAAAGAUCCAGAUAAAGAAUCUGUGAGGGGUUCGAGGCGCACCUCGAAGAAUUUAGCUGCAGAAAAGGCAGCACAGCAAAGCCAGCAAAAAAAUAAAAGUGGAGGACAGUCACGUGGUCGUAAAAGAGCCUUGAAAGAUGCAUCGACAGAACAGCCUGGGAAGAAGCUUACUCACAGAAUUCGUCAAAAAAGAACAAAAGUUUCAGAAGUCCAAACCUUACUGGCAAAACCUGAUCAUGAGAUAGAUCGCAUGAAGCUAAGUGUGAUGCAUCUCAGGUUGUUACAAGAGGCCAGAGAGCGUAUUCAGAGUAAAACAAUUCCGUCAGGACCAUCAUUCUCUAAUCAAAGCUCAUUGUAUGGAGAUACGGAUGAUUUUGAUCCUUUUGGAGAUAACUAUGUCAAUGACAGAACAGAGAAUGAUGCGCCAGAAAAUGCAAUCAAACUGAAUUACCAUUCCUACAUGAACAGACAAACACGGGCCAGAUGGACAAAAUCUGACACUGACUUGUUCUACCAGGGAGUUCAACAGUUUGGUAGUGAUUUUGCAAUGAUACAGCAACUAUUCCCUGAUAAGUCCCGUGAUCAGGUGCGGCAAAAGUUUAAAUCUGAGGAGAAAAAGCAUCCAAUGCAAGUCCACGAUGCUAUACUUCAUCGAUCGAAAGAUAAUGUGUAUUUAAAACAAGUAAUCAAACAGCUCAACAUUGAAGAUUUGCAGAGAGACAUCAACAGUACAGAUAAACAGGAGGUUGCCUCAAAUGUAGGAGACACUGGAAAUGAGAAUGCGUCUCAUGUCAUCAAUGAGGAGGAAGACAAUGGUCCCAACUGGUCAGAUGACGAGCUGGGCACGCACCAAUCUGAGGUCAAAGAAGGCGAUCAAGCUUCUGGAAAUGCUGAUGAUGAUGACCUGGAUGUUUUUGAUUGGUACUAGCACGAUAAUCAUGCAGCUGAAGUAGGAUCUCAUCAUUCUGUCAAUCCUGUGAGCAAAGGACUUCUCUUUGUCAAAUAGUUUUGCUCGCGGGCUUACUGAGUUACUGAUGCGUCACGGAUGCAAAUAGCACAUUUUUACGUAGGAUACAAGUUUAUUUCAGUUUUGCUCUUAACAAUGUCCAAAACCAGAGGCUGUCGACAAUAUGUUGCGAUCUGAGGGUACUGAAUUUUGAACCUUUUGGUCACCUAUCAUAAGGCAUAUUUAGAUGCUUACAUAUCUGCAACGUAUCUCAUGCAGUCUGGGAGUGCUACUGUUAAUGAGGUGACAUGGUGUAGGCUUCUGCUAGUUGAUGCAUCGGACCGAUCCAUUGAAGCUGUACUCUGAAUAGUUGUUGCGAACACUCAAAAA